AUGCCUAAAUCACGUGCCACAAGCGUAUUGACAUUUGAUUUUUUUUUUUGGGUGUUUUGGAUACGGUUUACAUACGAAAUGGCCUCGGCGGACUCGUCUCGGGUUAAUGAUCAUGUCUCAAGCGGCUCCUCCUCCGGCCAGGGCGCAGCGCCGCCAGCUCUGUUCGAGGUGGUGAAGGUAUAUCCUUCACGGGGUCCAAUGACACAGUAUCGGCUGGCCUCGGCGACAACGUUUACCUGCAGUCGCUGCCAGCGUCAGAAGACGGCGAAGCUCGUAGCGACGCGGAAUGGUCAAUGGGAUGCCCUUUUGUGUAAUGGUUGUUAUGGCUUUAUUAUCUCGAGGGAGUGA